GCAUUAUUUACUUGCUGGCAAUUUAAGCACUCAUGGCUGGCGUGGGUGUGUAUGUGUAUGUGUAUGAGAGCAUUUUAAAAGGCAAAUGAUUGCUUAGGGCAAAUGAUGGGAAAUUUUUAUAAAAGCAGAUUUCUCGUUUCGUUUUUCCUAGCAGAACAUUUAGGCUGAAACAUCCCUGAUUUCUACUACUCCUUCCCCCACCCUCUUCUACUCCUUCCCCGACCCCCUUUUUUGAGUUUGGCUCUCACACAAACUUUCCCCAAGAAGAACUCUUUAUAGUUACCUACUUUUAUCAAUUACUGUUUUUGUGGGAGAGUAAUUUUUGCCUCGCAGAAUGCAGACCCUCAAAAGAAAUGGGCGUCAAAAGAUUUACAUCGGUUUGAAUCUGGCAACAUAUCAAGGUUCAAUUUUGCUGGAUAAAGACGGAAAGAGAAAACACACAAGACCCACUUUUUCUGGCCAGCAGAUUUUCGCACUGGAAAAGACUUUUGAGCAGACCAAAUAUUUAGCAGGACCAGAGAGAGCUAGGCUAGCCUAUUCACUGGGGAUGACAGAGAGUCAAGUCAAGGUUUGGUUCCAGAACCGGCGCACCAAGUGGCGGAAGAAGCACGCGGCCGAGAUGGCCACGGCUAAGAAGAAGCAGGACUCGGAGACCGAGCGGCUGAAGGGGGCCUCGGAGAACGAGGAGGAGGACGAUGACUACAACAAGCCGCUGGACCCCAACUCGGACGACGAGAAGAUCACGCAGCUGCUGAAGAAACACAAGUCGAGCAGCAGCAGCCUGCUCCUGCACACGUCGGAGAACGAGAGCUCCUCUUAAAGGGGCCGGGAGGACUCGUGCUGUGUGCUGAGAUGCUGUACAUAUCUUCUAUUUUUCUAGACUCUAUCCGCUGACCCGGGAGGAAAGAGGCAGGAAAAGACGGCGAGUAAACAAACAUCCAAACCCAGCCCUCUCUCGCGCCUCUGCCUGGCUGCUGGCGCUGUUAUUGUAGGGUCGCAGGGGUCUGUCUGAGCGCUCCCUCUUCCCUUGCAGACUCCAGAGCAGCUGAGAGGGGGAAGGUGGGACCUACUUCCACCCACACAGCUCCUGCUGGGCGGACUAAAGCAACCUGUUGAAGGCUCUUUGUAAAUAAAUCGUGAGUCACACUGACUAUAGAAGUUACUUUACUGUGAAUAUUUAAAAUGUAAAAUACUUUUUUUUUUUAAUAGAAAGGGUUGG